AUGUUGUCGAACUGGUCCGAUUAUUUCCUCGGGGUCAGCGAUCGCGGGAUGCGUGUCGGAUCGCCCUCGGUGGGUUCUACCUUUCGUGGCGAGAUUCGUGAAAUCGUGUCUGAGUUUCUGAACACUGGACUGGCUUGGGACCACAUCGAGGAACUGUGCCGGCGAGAGGGGGUGGAGUUCGUGUUCUGCUCCCCCGAGUUCAGCGAUCGAGUGAAGAAUUGCGAAAGCGUGAAGGAAGUGUUCACAUUCGGCCCGGGACCAAAGGGGACCGUCGAGGCAAGGACUCUCUACGAGGACGACGAGAGCAAUUUCCCUGACCAGUCUGGGAUCCGGCCGGGCUCGGACCUCGCAGCGAUCUUCUUCACCAGCGGGACGACGGGGCCGCCCAAGACCAUCGAGCACACCCACGCCUCCAUCAUCGCCGGAUGCCUCAACGUCAACAGGUCGGGACCCGGACCGGUACAGGUGGGGAUAAUCCUAGGUGGGGUAUCGUGUGAAGCUUUUGACUACCUCAAAGGUGGAACUGGUCCCGCUGGUCAGUGGCAAUCGGGGGCUAGAAGCGUGAGGACGGUCUGUCCCUACCACUUCGCGCUCAUCUCCGGAUACAUGACGUCCGUGCUCUCGUUGCUGGGGGGUGUCCACCUCGUCUUCGCUCCAGCCGUCCGCUUUCGCUCGCUCUUGGCGGCCAUCCAGCGAUUCGAGCCGAGCGUGCUGUCGGUGACACCCAGGGAGAUGACUUCCCUCGCUCGGAGCGACGAGACGGCGGAGUUCAAGCUGGACAGUCUCACGGCCGUCUCUUACGGGGGGACUCAUCUCGGGAAGGUGGUCAGGGAUCGACUGAAGAUGAAGUUCCCGAACGUCAAGGCUUUCGUCGAGGUGUACGCCUCGACGGAGGCGGUGGGGCUGGCAGGGACGUACUUCGGAAUGAUCGGAGAUAAGGAAGGAUCCGUGGGGCCCCUGGCCCCCUUCACGGAGGCGAAGGUGGUGAAGCCAGAGACGUGGGAGGCGCUUGGACCCGGGGAGAAGGGGGAAUUGUGCUAUCGCACUCCGGCUCUCAUGCGAGGGUAUCGGUCUCCGGCUGGGUUGACUCAAGAGGUGAUCCACGAGGAUGGGUUCUACCGCUCGGGGGACUACGGCUACAUCGACGAGGACGGAUACGUCUAUAUCGUGGAUAGGGUGAAGGAGCUCAUCCCCGUGUCGUCAGAGGAUGGAAAGAGCAUCGUCCUGGUGUCUCCGUCGGAGAUCGAGGACUGUUUGUACCAACACCCAGACGUGGAGAGGGUCGGUGUAACUGGGAUCCCAGUGUCGGCGGAGACUCCGGAUACCCAAGUCCCUUGGGCCUUCGUCCAGCUGAAAAAUCAGCGAUCUAAGUCCACUGAGACAGCUAAGGAACUUCAAGACUUCGUCUCUCGUCGACUGAGCGAGGAGCUGUGGCUGAAGGGGGGCGUGGCCUUCCUGGACGAGGUCCCCCUCACACCGGCCGGGAAGGUGAAGAGGAGGGAGCUCCAAGUCCUGUCUCGGGCGUAGUUGCGGGUCGCAAGAGCUCUCACCAGACUGACUUCUCUUUUUUUUUUUUUAAAUGGGAAUUAUUUUUUUUAUUCCGUAAACCC